AGCGAUUUCUCGCCGUUAUCCCUCGAUACGAGUUUACUCGUAUCAUUCAUCCUCUCUCCCGCGAUUCAAAUUUGAUUACCCUCUCUAUUUUAGUUUUGUAUGCUUAAUUCUCGUCGUCGUCCAUUGCCAUUGUCCGUUGCUUUCUCUCCGUAAACAACGGAAUUUGUUCAGAGCUCGAAGUUUCGGCGUGCAGUUCGGUAUUGAAAGGGCACGAAGAUUAGUUAGUUGAAGUAGUUCUUGAUUUUCCCCACUUCAGAAAAUUGGAUUGGUUUACAGUGUGGUGCGAAAUUGAGCUCCAAGAUUAGUUAGUUGAAGUAAUUCUUGAUUUUCACCAGUUCAGAAUAUUGGAUUGGUUUACAUUAUGCUGCGAAAUGGGGCUCUGAAAGAAAAAAAAUCACAUGGAAUUAUCUGUAUUUUCUUGAUUGUAACAACAGUGAUCAAAAGAGGGAUUGUCAUGAUAUGCAGUAUUUUCUUGCUGCUAAUUAGGAUACUGGCUAUGGAGUCGAGCCCUUCGUGGGUUUCAUCUCCUUCCCGCGACGAGGAGCUGCUGUCUGGUCUUCCCAGGCAUACAAAGGUUACUAUCACAGGGAAUAACAGAACAAGGAAAGAUUUGGUUGGUUUGGAAGGAGUUGUGACGAAGGCCGGUGGUAUUGGUGGUUGGCAUUGGCUGGAACUGAAUAAUGGUGAGGAGGUCAAGCUUCAAAGGAAUGCUCUGACUGUAUUAGAACCACCUACUGGAGAUGAAGAAGACAACGAAUAUGAUUUCGAUGAUUCAGCCAGUGGCUCUGCAGAGAGGGAGUUGAUCUGGCAAAGCUUAGUAGUGAAUCAUUGAGGAUAUACUGUCAAAGGUUCAACCUUGUUGAUAUUGCUUCUAACCCUACUAAGGAACAACUGAGCAAUGCUGCCCAGCAGCAUUUUAUGGUACAGGUCUUCUCUUUUGCACUCAGCCCCUCUUAUUCUGAAGGAUUAAAGUAUUGAAGGCAUGACUGUUUGCUUCUGCAGAAAGUGGAUGGGGACGAGAAGCAAAUAAUUGUUGAGUUUAGUAAAGCGGUAAAGAGAUUUGAGUUGGAAAAAAAUGAAAAGACGAGAGAGUGAUUGCAGAGUCUGGUUGCCUCAUCAGUGCCUGUGAUAUAUGUAUAUUCAAAGCACUUGUUCAACUAAAUUUUAGUGCAUCUCUAAUUAUUCACUAGCUGUGCUUGAGUAUGGAUGUAUAUUCAUUCUAACAUGGAUUGCUAACCAUUCAUUAGGGGGUUUGUUCAGUCAAUCUAAUAACAUA